AUGGAGAAGCUGAAACUAUUUGUGAAGCACUUCAGAAAGCUGAUAGCUGGCAUUGAAGAUGAGGAAAAGGACGAUCAGGAUGUUGAUCCCGAUUGGGACUUUGACCCAGAUAACUACGACAAAAAAUUCCUCGGAAAGCUGCAGCAGGAUUUCUACGACGCGGUCGAGAUGAUCAAGAUUGCGUUCUUCACUUUUGUUGUCGACGAAGGCUUGCCAUCGCAACAAAGAUGGAUAUACCAGACACUCUUGCUUCAGUAUCGACAAACUCUAAGCAACCAGAUUUAUCCUUGGACUUAUCUAAGUGCCUUUCUAGCUUGGUACUUUCCGAAUAUCAACUUUCACCCAUACACAUUGGCCCUCUUCGCUGACAGCCAGAUUCGUUGCAAGUACGCCAGCUUGCCGAAGGAUCUCGGUUUCUUCUUGAAGCCCGUGAUCUACUCGGGUGCACGUGUUGUGUUCCGAAAACUAUUCGACUUCCGCGAUAUAUCGGUUGCUUUGGAGACAGUCUUGGGAUCUUCCGAUUUCUGGCCUACUGCUGUCGCACCAAUCUUGCCCGGUUUACUGCUCAGUGCCCCAAGGGGUACAAUUAAUGGAUUCGUUCCGGAGGGAAGGCAGGGAAUAAUCAUGGCUGUAGUCGUAUGGGCGUGUGUUACUACUCUUCCCGAAGUUCUUCAUUACUCCUUCUGGUUAUGGUUUACUGGGCCGGACCUAUAUUUGCAGCCUGUGGUGGCCGUCGAGUGGUUGCUGUGCUCGAUCUUCUGGCUUUCAAAGGGGGUUCCCUUCCAGGCAGCUUAUACAAUGCACCUCUUCGUCAACCAGUACCCUCAUCAGGAGUUUUGGCUACGACAUCAUGGUGGAAAGGCUUCACCCAUUCUUCGAAUGGAGCGCCGGGGGUGUCUCUGGUUCGCGAUUACGAGCUUUUUCAUCAAAGCCCUCGAGAUGGAUCCAACCUCAGCUAGGACAGAGCCUUUUGUGCUCCCUGUCAGCACUUCGCUAAAGGUUGCUGUUCUUAUCGGAAUGGGCGUGUAUCUGGUGAGGUAUGGAAUGGCGAUGCGAAUGACGAAGUUCAAGCAUAAGCCAUUGCGACGACCAAACGAAUUCCGCAUUCUUCGGCUUCGGGCUCAGCCCUGCUUCCGGAACUCACCAGUGCAAUGCGAUAUCAUCCACGCAACCUUAGAUUCACCUCCAUCGUAUCGAGCAGUGUCUCACCGUUGGGCAGCUACAGGAGACGAACCACAAAUCAUUCUCGUAGAUGGAGCGCCAUACCUAGUUUCUACAAGCAUUUACGAUCUCCUUGUACAGUUGCGGAGGCUGCGCCUUUCUCAGCUUCUAUGGAUUGACUCUAUUUGCAUUGACCAGGCCGACGCGCAGGAGAAGAGUCGACAAGUCGGGCUGAUGCGAGAAAUUUUCGAGGAGGCCACGUCGACUAUCGGCUGGCUGGGCAAAACUCCAGUAGCAACGAAGGCAUUUGAGCUUGUCCGGCGAAUUGUGACUACGGCACAGAUGGAUCAGACAGAGCUCCUCAAUUUGAAGUCGUCACCUUUGUCCGGAUGGCAAGAACUCCUUUCUCUCUUAACCAAUAGCUGGUUUGAAAGAGUCUGGAUCAUUCAAGAAAUUGCUGCUUCUAAAGAGACCAUACUUCAGAGUGGAAAUACGCUGAUACACUGGGAAGAUUUCGCAGAAGGUCUGGGCCGGAUCUUGGCCCCGGGAACAGGAAACGAUGACCACCUGUCUAUCUUGACCAACGAACAUCUUAUGAAUGCGCUGAUCAUGGAGAAUAUGCGGUUUCAGGUUGACGAGAUUGACCGUCUUGCCCUGAAAGAUGCUUUGAAACUUGGGUCUAGGUUCAAAUCAACACUUUCGGUCGACAAUGUGUUCGCCUUGCUAGGAAUUAUAAAAGAACGCAACGCGCCGUUGUUUCAUCCAAACUUUCGUCAUAGCGAAGUCUUCACAGACGAGAUCUUUUCUCGGGGAGGAGCCGCCAAGGAUAUGUUCGACACUUUGGAUUCAAUUGUUGAGUUUGCCGACGGGCUGAGAAAGACUAAUCCCCUUCAGAGCCGAAAGACAAUCAGAUUACUGAGGUCCUUACCAAAGGCGACACGGUCUUUCAGCGAAAUGGUGGAUGGUAUGCACAGCAUUCUAGAUCGAACAAAACAGUCCAAAGACAGUCCACAGCACAUCAAGCCGGACUAUACUGACAAGAGUACGCCUGAAGUUGUAUACACCAUGGUUGCCCGAGAACUUGUCAGAACCGGAGAUGCCUUCGCCUUUCUGCGAUACGCAGGAAUCGGUAGCUCUAGGAGUCCUUCAUUCGAAAACCUGCCAUCAUGGGUUCCAGACUGGUCAGCCGAGGUCAACGUGUACAUUCUACCUCAUGAUGCCAAACCGCCGACGAAGCGACAAAAGCCGACUUCGACUGAUGCUUUCAAAGGCGACGACAAACAUCACUCUUUAGUUUCUGAUGGCGGGUUCAACUUACUUCACGUCAAGGGAGCUGUGAUCGGCAAGGUCGCUUUGGCAACCAAAAUGCACGACAAUCUCGGGAAGUCUAGAGGAAACAUUCUCAAGGAUGCGAGAACGGAUUUAGAGCUCCAAGUUUCAAGCUUUGAAGCAGCAUUGAGCGCCGCGAAGGGGAUCAAUCUUCCACCAAAUCAGUCGGACGACAGUCGCAAACAUCUCUUUCUCAAUGCGGUUCUGGCAAGAUCUAAUGACGAGGUUCAGGACAAUACUUUCAAGCAGGCUGCAGACUUGCUAGCAGAACGCAUGGAGAAUGACCAAAAGCUUCUCCAGAAGCUUCGAGAAAGCAACUUGGAUAAUAGCCCGCGUCCACACAUCCCUACCCAUAGCGAUCCGUCAUUAAAAUCCUUGGAGGCCAUGGCAAGGGAUUAUCUUAUAAAACGAAAGGUUCAAUCCUCCUCCAACAGCAAGUUUGCACAUCUUAUGAAAACGGAUGUCUUGCCUAGUUUCGAGCACUAUCGUUGGCAAGAGAAAACCUUUACACUUCCGCCAGGAGGUCCCUUGCGAAUGUUUGACAAGCGCGGCACGAGUGUCCUGGCAGCAUACGAUCAAUAUGUGGACUACACCCUCGGGAGAAAGUUCAUCGUGCUCGGAACGGGGCAAAUGGGCUUAGCACCAGCAGGGGUUGAAGUUGGCGACUUAAUCAUCUGGGUGAAAGAACACGCAGUCUUUCUGACUCUACGGCCGGCUCCUAUAUCAACGCGCGUGAAAGAGGAAUUGAAACUUGAAGAAUUGCGGAAGCAAGAGUUGGCGAGGCAAAGGGCCGAAAAAGAGAAUGCUAGGAAAGAAAAGAUUGACAAGGAUGGUGCCGAAAAACAAAAAGAAGUUCACAAAGCAGAACAGGCACGUGGUGAAGGAGAAGAAGAUGAAAGGGGCCCAAGCGAGGCUAGCAACAGCAACUUGUUCGAUCUAGACAACACCUUUCGAUUAAUCGGAGAGGCCUUUGUCAGCAACGCACAACAAGGCCCAGACAGGGCAGCUGCAGCAGGGGACGGCGAUCGAGAAUGGUUCAGCUUGUGGUAA